AUGAAACAAUAUGCAGUGGAUGUGACUCUGGAUCCUGAUACAGCGAAUCCUAAACUCAUCCUGUCUGAUGAUGGGAAACAAGUUACACAUGGAGUCAAGAGACAGAAUCUCCCUGAUAAUCCAGAGAGGUUUGGAAUGUAUGGGAUUGUGUUGGGAAAAGAGAGAUUCUCCUCAGGGAGAUUUUACUAUGAGGUGCAGGUCAGUGGGAAGACUAAGUGGGAUUUAGGUGUGGCCAGAGAGUCCAUUAACAGGAAAGGGGUGAUUACACUCAGCCCUGAAGAUGGAGUCUGGUGUGUGUGGCUGAGGAAUAAGACUGAAUAUGUGGCUCUGGACUCUCCUCGUGUCUCCCUCUCUUUAAAACAGGCUCCUCAGAAGGUGGGGGUGUUUGUGGAUUAUGAGGAGGGUCUGAUCUCCUUCUAUGAUGUUGAUGCAAAAUCUCAUAUCUACUCUUUCACUGGUCAGACUUUCACUGAGAAACUUUAUCCAUUUUGCCCCUGUUUUAAUGAUGAAGGUGAAAAUUUAGCACCACUGAUUAUCUGUCCUGUUAGUCAAAUAUAA